CAGAGCCUCCACCACCUCUCAUUCAGCUCCGCAGUUAGCUUCGGUUCAUCAAUGGCAGCCUCUGCAUCAGCUUUCGCCGGCCAGACCGCCCUCAAGGCCCCGAACGAGCUCGUUCGCAAGGUUGGCCCCUCCGGCAAUGGCCGCUUCACCAUGCGCCGGACUGUCAAGAGCGCUCCUCAGAGCAUCUGGUAUGGACCGGACCGUCCCAAAUACCUCGGCCCAUUCUCAGAGCAAACCCCCUCAUACCUAACCGGUGAAUUCCCCGGUGACUAUGGAUGGGACACUGCCGGUCUCUCUGCUGACCCAGAGACCUUCGCCAAGAACCGUGAGCUCGAGGUGAUCCACUGCCGAUGGGCAAUGCUCGGCGCUCUUGGCUGCGUCUUCCCUGAAGUCCUUGCCAAGAACGGCGUCAAGUUUGGUGAAGCCGUCUGGUUCAAGGCCGGCUCACAAAUCUUCUCAGAGGGCGGUCUCGACUAUCUGGGAAACCCUAACCUGGUCCAUGCCCAGAGCAUUCUAGCCAUCUGGGCCUGCCAGGUUGUACUUAUGGGCUUUGUUGAAGGAUACAGAGUUGGUGGAGGCCCUCUAGGAGAGGGUCUCGAUGCAAUUUACCCAGGUGGGGCAUUCGACCCCUUGGGUCUUGCUGAUGAUCCAGAGGCAUUUGCAGAGUUGAAGGUGAAGGAGAUCAAGAACGGACGCUUGGCGAUGUUUUCCAUGUUUGGAUUCUUCGUGCAGGCGAUCGUCACUGGAAAGGGACCGAUCGAGAACUUGUUGGAUCACUUGGAUAACCCAACUGCCAACAAUGCAUGGGCAUAUGCUACCAACUUUGUCCCAGGGAAGUGAAGUUGAUGAUGAAAUGGAUGCAGGACGAAUGAUGAAGAGGUGUAACGGUACGGAUGAAGGGGGAAAAAAGGGCCUAUGAUUCUACUAUGCAUCUUUCUUAUUGUGAUGUUAGCGUAUGACUUUUCUUGUUUCAGAAUAAGGACAUUAGUCGUUGUAAGCCAGUUUAAGUUAAACAGCUUGUUGCUACUUGUAACGCAUGAAAUAAAUCAAGGUAGAAGAGAGGAGACGUACCUGA